AUGGGAGGAUCAUUAUCGCGUCUAUGGUCAAUGGUCUGGACCAAAAAGGAGAUCCGAAUUCUCAUUCUGGGACUGGAUAAUGCGGGCAAAACGACACUGCUCUACAGGCUCAAGAUCGGCGAAGUCGUCACCACGAUACCUACAAUCGGAUUUAACGUCGAGUCGGUCACAUACCGGAACCUGAAUUUGAAUGUCUGGGAUCUCGGCGGUCAAACGUCCAUCCGUCCCUACUGGCGCUGUUACUACGCCAACACCGCGGCGGUCAUCUUCGUCAUCGACUCCACAGAUAUCGAGCGGCUGGGGACCGCAGCUGACGAGCUGGCGGCGAUGUUGAACGAGGAAGAGCUGCACGACGCGGCGCUGCUGGUGUUUGCCAACAAGCAGGAUCAACCGGGUGCUAAAGGCGCGGGUGAUAUUUCCGAGGCCCUUAAGCUGGGAGAGCUCCGGGACCGCAACUGGAGCAUUGUCGCGUGCUCUGCCAUUGACGGCAAGGGUGUUGAGGAAGGCAUGGAUUGGCUGGUGUGCAAUAUGGAUCUUAUCCCCUCGACUCAGAUCGUAGCCGUCGUCCCAGCUUCGAGUACAUCCACGACAGAUGUACAAAUCACCACCUCGCACCAAGUGCCGAGGCCAGGCGAGGGUGAGGUUCUCGUGAAACUCGAGUUCUCGGGUGUCUGCCACUCCGACGUGCACAGUAUCCGUAGGGACACGCCCAUGUUGACUGAUGUAGCGGGCCAUGAGGGUAUCGGCAAGGGGUUUCAAGGUAGGCAUAAUACAAUCUAG